GCUUGUGAGGAUAUAGUGAAUACGAUAAGUUCGUUUGGUCUUACUCUUUCUAACUAAAGAAUAUCGUGAAUAAUUCACAUGGUAAGCAUGAAUUGUCGUCGGCUAUGAGCGAGUGAGAAAAAAUGUUGCAACUCCCGCAGCGAGGAAGUGCCGAUUCCAACGAAAUAGAAUAUACAUAGUGCAGUCUUUCCGCAGUUCGUGUGGUAGUCAUGCAUCGACUAGUGCCUUUCUUUUCCUUCUCUUACAUUUUUCUUUCGUUUGCUCUUGCAAACAACGUGGAAAGGCCGCUGUUAUUACAGGACCAAUGUCUAGAAUUAAAUAUUGCCAAUUUAGAAGAAUACAUUUCUACAUUGAAUUUAGCGAACGUACCUACAAUCGAUUCGAUGAUCAUUGGUUUCGAAUGCCCAGUUACUGCUUUACCCUUUGGUAUUUUGAGAUCUGACUGGGCAAGAUUGUUGUUAUUACGUAAUGCACAAGAGAAAGGUUCGAUUUUCGCUGAGAAAUUGGAAUGUCUGUUUAAACUUUUAAUUAUAGCUUAUCAAAGAUUAGAACAAAGUUUGAUACCAAAGAAAUCCUUCGAUAGAACAAGCAAUAGCAUUGGGAAUAAUACUAUGAAAACGAAAUUUACGAGUACGAAUUUUAGUUCCGAGAUAGUACCUUCUGGGAAUACGAAUAUCAACGUUAUUGAUGAUCAUCGUGAAAAUAUAAAUGGGAAUAAGACGAAUGAAAACGGAGAGAAGAAAGAUAAUGCUGAAUGCCUUAGUGUGGAGUUUAAUAAAAAAACACAAGGAAAUAAUGUGAAGAACGAUACUAUGGAAAAUCAUGAUAGUGAAAACGUUGCAUCAUAUACGAAUUUACAAAGAUUUACGAAAGCCGAUUGUUUCGAAAAUACAGUUAAAUAUUCCUUUUCUCAACAAGUAAAUAAAUUAUUAACAAAUGCAGAUGUUAUGAUGGAAAUAGCAAACGAAGCAACGUAUAGUAGUCAAAACAAAGAGAUAACGAAAGUUAGCAUUUAUAAUGAGUUGGAUAAUAAGAAGGGUGUAACGUUACCAUUAACAAUCUCUACAAUGAUAAGUUCAGAAAAUGGAAAUGUGGAAGUUCCCAUGUCAACAGAGAAAAUUGCGAGUUUGGCUAGUUCAACGAGUACAGUAAAAUCCAACUAUGCGAGAAUGUCCAUCGAGGAAUUUAAUUCGAUUAGUCCGUUGUCGACCAUUCGACCAGAAAUUUUCGAAGAAAUGACAUCGCAAAAAACACAAACGAAAACUAAGAACGAUGGUCUAAAUGUUUAUAACUUAACGAAUAUUUACGAGACAUAUAAGAGCGACGGAAGUUCCGAUUCUUCGACAGCUACCAAUUUUUAUUCCGAAAUAAUCUCGCCUACGGAUUUCGAGAAAUUUAACACGAUGAAUACUGUUACGAAAUCUGUCGAUAUUAAAGAUUCUUAUGCUAAAAAUAGCGUAAACGAUCUAACGAAUCGUCAAGAUUUCCAGGAGAUUAUUUCGAACGAGUUGUCCAUUUCGAAGAAUAAUAAUCCGACAUAUGAUAAUCCAUCGAAUGUGGGAACAAAUUCAAUGGAUUACUUUGAUCCUUUAUGGAACAGUAUUUACGAUGUUUUCACUCGCAAGCCAGACGAGUUUUACUCUUCUAUCGACAGAUUUCAUCAUAAGGUCGGAGAUAAACUGAAAAGGCUUCCGGUUCACAGAAAACAACCUCCAGGACAUGUUACGAAGGAUCAUAAAGCGAACGUAGAGGUUUCUUCGCUUUUCUCGAAGACUAUUACUUUCAUGACAGACUCGAUAACGGAAACAAAUAAAUUUAAAGAUCUCUUGGAUUCUCAAAAAUGUGACCAUACGAAUACCAAUAUCGAGAAUAAUUUUAGAUUUUUUUACCAUUAUGGAGAAAGACCGGAGCAAAAAACUAGGAAAAACGACAGGGAAAUAUUGGAUUUUAUUCGUAUUAAAUGUAAAAAUGAUUGUACGUAAGAUGAUAUAGAAAAAUAUUAUUCUUUUUCCGUGUAAAA